CUCCCCUUCCGAUCCCGACCAGACCAAGACCUCCGGGCGCUGUCCCUGCCCGAGCUCGUAACCCGCAGUCCCCCUCCAUGGCCUUAGGGGGCGCCACUUUGGUGCUGACGCUCUGCCUGUGGGGCUGGCUGGCGCCCGGGCCAGGCCUGGGUGAGGACACGGAAGACAUGACCCAGAUGGGGGCGCCGCCACACCUGGUGGCCCUGAUCCCCGAGGCUGCCAGGGCAACGGUGGCGGCGGGCUACACCAACGGCAACGAGACCCAGACGACCACAGAAGCACCGCUGGUGUCGGUCUCCAUCAUGUUCAGCUCGGGGACCUCGCAGGAGAAGGAGACCGUCCUCGUCGUGGGCGACAGCCGCUACGCCUGGCAGGAGUGGAGCGAGUGGCACUGCAACUGCGCCGCGGGGAGCAUGUCCCGGGUGCGAGACAUCACCUACUCGCAGCCCAGCGUCCACCUGGACCCGGCUGAGUACGACAUCCUGCGCUUCGAGAGGGAGGUCUGCAACUACCAGGCCUGCCAGUGCAAGCAGGGCCAGUGCAACUCCUCGACGCUGGCGUGCGACCAGGGGCCAAUGCACAUGUGCGCACUGCAAGACAUCAAGCAAGACAAGGAGCACAAGAGGAAGGACUUCUGGACCCAGGUCCACCAGGGACUCAGGGACCUCUGGAAGAGCAUCAAGGACGCCUUCCCGCCGGAGCAGGUGGGGGCAGACGGGCAGGGGGGGCCGAGGCGCCCCAUAAUGCGCUCUCCGUUUUGUUUAUUCAUUCAGAGCAUUGGCGCAUCCCUGCUCUUUGGCCCAAAGGCCCCCCAGAGUGGCUUGCGUACAAUCUGUUAAAACGAACGGCCCACCACACUGGUGUCCAAUCUGGAAAACAAUAGCAACACGACACACAAGGAAAAAGGAAUGAGGAGGGAGGAGGAAAACUCAAAUUUCUCAACCAGCUUCUGUGAGUUAGGGCUGAUGCAGGCGCACUCGCUGGUUGGGAAAGGCUAUUGGUGGCUAUGCUCUGUGAUGAGCCGCGGAAGGGGAGAGCUGCUGUAGCGCUCAGGUCUUGCCUGAGUGCUUCCCAGAAGAGGGACCGAGUUGGCCGUUGGGGGAACAAGGAUGCUGAACUAGAAGGGGCCCUGUUGGCCAGAGCCAGCAGGCUCUCCUGAUGUUCUUAUGUCGGGUGGUGGGCUUUCUUCUUCGUGGGUGCAAGGGAAAAUAGGCAUAUAAACGAAGGACUGCCUGGAUGCCAAGAUCCAGGUUUGGGGCAAAGCAGAGAUUUAAAACCAUAAAACAUGCAGCAAAGCAAAGCAUGGAAAUAUGCCCUUCUGGGUUCCUUCCAAAGUCCCCCUCUUCCCCUAGCAUAGAAAAAAAAGACCAUAUGUUUAGUAAGGUAAAAAUUGGUUUACUUACAAACUCUUCCAAGGUCAGGUUCAUGUGCUUUUCCACACAUCGGUCAGAAAACACAGGCAGUAAAACGUGGCUUAGUUACAGUGGUGGAAGUUCCUAAAUUAUUAGUACAGGAACUCGAGCGACUUGUAAGAGCCUGAGCUUGGAGCAACCAGCUCAGACCUCUUUACACACCAAGCUUCUCAGGGAAACUGGAGGAGAACCAAGUCUUGAUUAUCUAGCUCCUCCUAAAGUGAGCUAAGCCUGGCUGGACAGCUUACUCUAUGGUCUUAACCCCUUCAUGCAUUAAUUCAGCUUAAAGGUAAAGGUAAAGGGACCCCUGACCAUUAGGUCCAGUCGUGGCCAACUCUGGGGUUGCGGCGCUCAUCUUGCUUUACUGGCUGAGGGAGCCAGUGUGCAGCUUCCGGGUCAUGUGGCCAGCAUGACUAACCUGCUUCUGGCGAACCAGAGCAGCGCACGGAAACGCUGUUUACCUUCCCGCCAGAGUGAUACUUAUUUAUCCACUUGCACUUUGACGUGCUUUCGAACUGCUAGGUUGGCAGGAGCAGGGACUGAGCAACGGGAGCUCACCCCGUCACGGGGAUUCAAACCGCCAACCUUCUGAUCGGCAAGUCCUAGGCUCUGUGGUUUAACCCGCAGCGCCACCUGCGUCCCUAAUUCAACUUAAGCAUGUCGGUUAUAUGAGGUUGCUUAUCCCCACAGGGAGCCCUUCCUCUGAUCCCCACAGCUGUGGAGACCUGUUGUUUCGGGUCGCGAGAGUGGGGCCCUGUGCGGCUACUCUCUGCACGUGCUCAGAGGAAUGCUUCCCAUCAGAAUUACACCACUUGCUUGGGGAGUGAACUCCCCUGGAUUCUUUUUAAUUUAAAGCAAGGUGUUUCCCCAGACCUCCCACCUGCCUGUCUCCUUCCUUACAACCAACCCAGGGGUAGCUCUGCUUGCAUUGGCUCUGGGCACACCUUCUGCCAAUAUCCCGCCUUUCAGCUCACCAGUAAUCACUAGAGUUGUGCAAGAACACACCAUCUCGCCCUUUCUUUAGGAAGAUAAAUGUUUUGGGCCGGCACUGAAAAAAUUCCUGGCUAAGUUUGGAGCAAAGAGGUUCAGCCAAGCUCCCAAAAGCUUGACCCAGCAGGGCUCUUCCGGUAUUCUCAUGGAGCCUCCAGGUCUCCAAGCAGUCUAUCUUAGUUCCUAGGUUCAGGUGACGUUGGAUCACAGUUCUCCGUGGACCCGGCCAACGUGGUCAAUAGUGCAUAAGAUCACGAGAGUCUGCUAGAUCAGGCCAGAGGAGGCGUAUCUAGUCUAGCAUCUUGUUCUCACAGUGGCCAACCAGAUGUCUCAAUGGGAAAUCAAUAAUAAUAAUAAUAAUAAUAAUAAUAAUAAUAAAUUAUUUGUACCCCGCCCCAGCCACUCUGGGGCUUCCAACAAAGAUUUCCCCAGCCACUCUGGCCAGCUUCCAACAAAGAUUAAAAAUACAUUAAAAUGUCAUGCAUUAAAAACUUCCCUGAACAGGGCUGCCUUCAGAUGUCUUCUAAAAGUCUGCUAGUUGUUUAUCUCUUUGACAUCUGGUGGCAGGGUGUUCCACAGGGCGGGUGCCACCACCGAGAAGGCCCUCUGCCUGGUUCCCUGUAGCUUUGCUUCUCGCAAUGAGGGAACCGCCAGAAGGCCCUCGGAGCUGGACCUCAGUGUCCGGGCUGAAUGAUGGGGGUGGAGACGCUCCUUCAGGUAUACUGGGCCGAGGCCGUUUAGGGCUUUCAAGGUCAGCACCAACACUUUGAAUUGUGCUCGGAAACGUCCUGGGAGCCAAUGUAGGUCUUUCAGGACAGGUGUUAUGUGGUCUCGGCGGCCGCUCCCAGUCACCAGUCUAGCUGCCGCAUUCUGGAUUAAUUGCAGUUUCCUGGUCACCUUCAAAGGUAGCCCCACGUAGAGCGCAUUGCAAUAGUCCAAGCAAGAGAUAACUAGAGCAUGCACCACUCUGGCAAGACAGUCCGGGUCACCUUCAAAGGUAGCCCCAUGUAGAGCGGACCCAAGCUCGGGAGCAACUCCUCCCCUUCUUGAAGUAUACCUGAAGGAGCGUCUCCACCUCCAUCGUUCAGCCCGGACACUGAGUUCCAGCUCUGAGGGCCUUCUGGCGGUUCCCUCCCUGCGAGAAGCCAAGUUACAGGGAACCAGGCAGAGGGCCUUCUCGGUAGUGGCACCCGCCCUGUGGAACAGCCUCCCACCAGAUGUCAAAGAGAAGAACAACUACCUGACUUUUAGAAGACAUCUGAAGGCAGCCCUCUUUAGGGAAGCUUUUAAUGUUUGAUGUAUUACAGUAUUUUAAUAUUUUGUUGGAAGCCGCCCAGAGUGGCUAGGGAAACCCACCCAGAUGGGCGGGGUAUAAAUAAUAAAUUAUUAUUAUUAUUAUUAUUAUUAUUCCUGCUGGUGUUCAGAAUCAUCGCAUACCAUGGAGUAUGGCCAUUGUGGCUUAGUAGUCACUCACGGCCUUCUCCUCCUUCAUGAAUCUGCCCAGUCCUCUUUUAAAGCCAUCCAAAUUGCUGCUCAUCCCUGCCUCUUGUGGCAGGGAGUUCCACAGUCUAACUAUGCUCUGAAGAAUUCCUUCCUUUUACCUGUUCUGAAUCUUCCAAGGUUUACCUUCCUCGGAUGCCCCUGAAUUCUAGCAUGAUGCAAGAGGGAGAAAACCUUUCCCCUCUCCGAACUUUCCAUGCCACCUACCGUUUAAUAACCUCUUCUGUAGGGUCACAUCUGACCCGCCUUGCCUCUAGUGUCGCUCAAACAACUGUCAAGAGUUUUUUUACCCGCCCAGCAACAUCUUGAGGAACUCGUCGAUUCCCACGAAUGUGUGCGGCAUGUGUUUCCCCGCUUACAUUUUAAUUCUCUUUGCUUUUCCAUUUCACACUUCAGGAACCGAAGCCGAGGCGCCAACAGUGAAGGCCAAGCAGCCAUGGCGAUCUUUGAGCAUCGGCCCUGAGCAGGGCCUUCUAGGAAAUGUGGCGCUUGGGAUCUCGCUCUUUUUCUACCCAAAAGCAAACGCCCUUGAUUUGCCAGAACUGCUUUCGAAUUGGCAACAAAGCGAGCCGGGAAAACAGGAAGGGCGAAGGAGGUUGUACCACGGACUGAUGUAGCAUGCUAAACAUUUUGUGUUGGAAAGAAAGGGGUUUUUAUUAUUCUUUUGGGGUCUCCUCUGCCUUCCUUUGGAGCCCCCCCCCCGGCUGCUGAGAGCAGCUGAAUAAAAAACGCUGAUUCCUGA